GAUUGGACCAGGAGAUAAAGUGACAUCAGUGUAAAAGCCCCUGCUGAGCCACAAUCCUAUUGUCUUCAGUGGCACCUAAUCCAGUUGAGCUCUUACAAGCUCUCUCACAGGUCACCGGCCUUGGGGACGAAGCCAUGGCGGGAUGGCUCUGCCUGCGACUGGAGACUGCACAGGGCUCAGGGCAAGAGAGCCAGUGGCAGGAAAGGAAAGGCCCCGUUGACUCACUCGCUGGGCAGCCAAGUGCUUAGUAACAAACAGUAAACAGAGGCGGCAGCACCCGCGGCCGUGGCAGCUCAGCAGAGAGGUGAACGAGAUCCCUGCUCGUUGUUGGAAAAUUGUCUGUGAUGGAGGCCUAGACCCGAUCACGAUCACAGAGAAUUUCACAUGCAACCUCUGACUCAGAACACAGAUUAGAGCUGAAAUGGACCAAGUAAUCAAUUCAGCAAGCACUUACCACCUAUCUCCUGGCUGCCAAGCCAAGUGCUAAGUACUGGGGACACCUCUCUCUGCUCAGAGGCUCUUCCGGGUGAGCGCAGGAGCCAAAAGAGGCAUGAGCCCGGCCUCUGUGACCCUGGCCAGCGCCCUGCAGGUCAGGGGCGAAGCUCUGUCGGAGGAGGAAAUCUGGUCCCUCUUGUACCUAGCUGCGGAGCGGCUCCUGGAAGACAUUCGUGAAGAUUCCUCGGACUAUGUGGUCUGUCCCUGGUCAGCCCUGCUGUCUGCAGCCGGAAGUCUUUCUUUCCAGAACCACAUUUCUCACAUAGAGGCUGCUCCUUUCAAGGCCCCUGAACUGCUACUGGAACAGAGUGACGAUGAACAGCCCGACGCAUCUCAGGUGCACGUCUAUUCUUUAGGAAUGACCCUCUACUGGUCAGCAGGCUUUCAUGUCCCACAAAAUCAGCCUCUGCAGCUCCGUGAGCCCUUGAGCUCCAUUCUGCUGACCAUGUGUGAAGACCAGCCUCGCAGGCGGCUCCCCUUGCAGUCAGUUCUGGAAGCUUGUCGGGUUCAUUGGGAAGAAGUGGCCGUAUACCCAACCUCUGCCGGUCUCCACGUUAGACGGCUGGCUGGCUUGGUUCUGGGCACCAUCUCGGAGGUGGAGAGGAGACUCAUGGAAGAAAGCUCCUUGGCGCAGCAGGACAGAAGCUGCCUGCUCAGGCAUAGGCUGCAUCAGGCGAGCUGCGAGAACACAACAGUAUGGGCCCUGGAGCGUCUGCACCCCUGCAGAGUUUCAGAGAGAAGCACAGAGACCCAGAGUUCCCUGGAGCCCGGUCUGAGCACCUCAGCACCCAGUCACCAUAGCCUCUCUGUUAGCAGUGCUCUUCCAAUUGAAGUUCCCCCAAAUCUUCAGGAGGGACCGCGGCUCAGCUCCAGCACUGCUCUGUCUGUGGCAGCAGAAAUCUCACAGCCGGCAACUCCUUCUCAAAGGGCUUUUCUGCAAAGGAAAGGAAAGUUCUCCAGGCCGGAGUUCGUCUUGCUGGCUGGAGAGGCCCCAGUGACUGUGCACCUGCCUGGAUCAAUUGUGACCAGGAAAGGGAAAUCCUAUUUGGCUCUCAGGGCCCUCUGCGUGGUGCUGUUGAGUGGGCAGUGUCUGGAGGUGAAAUGUGACAUUAUGUCAACGGCAGGAGCUGUCUUCAGUGCUGUCAUGUCUUUUGUCAACCUUGGGGAGCUCACCUGCUUUGGCUUGGCUUACAUGAAAGACAAAGAGUUCUUUUUUUUGGACGAUGAAACCAGGCUGUGCAAAAUAGCCCCUGAAGGCUGGAGUGAGCAGCCCCAGAAGAAGGCCUCCUCAAAUACCUUCACACUCUUUCUGAGGAUAAAGUUCUUUGUCACUUGCUGUGCACAGCUCCAGAACAGCCAGGCAAGGCACCAAUUUUAUCUGCAGCUUCGGAAAGACAUCCUGGAGGAGAAGCUGUACUGCAAUGAUGAGACGCUGCUGCAGCUGGCGGUCCUUGCCUUACAGGCUGAGUUUGGCAACUACCCCGAGGAGCAGAUAGAGAGUAAAGCUUAUUUUCGAGUUGAAGAUUACAUCCCAGCGAGUCUAAUUGAGAGGAUGACUGCUCUCCGGUUGCAAGUUGAAGUCUCGGAGAUGCACCGUCUCAGUCCUGUGCUCUGGGGAGAGGAUGCCGAGCUGGAGUUCUUGAGGGUCACUCAGAAACUCCCAGAAUAUGGUGUGCUGGUUCACCGAGUCCUCCCAGAGAAGAUGACACGAGAAAGGGAGAUGGCCUUGGGGAUCUGUGCCAAGGGCAUCAUAGUGUACGAAGUGAAAAACAACAGCAGAAUUGCAACUUUACGCUUUCAGUGGAGAGAAAUUGGCAAGAUUUCUACUUGUCGAAAGAAGUUCACCAUCACAAGUGGCAUCACUGGGAAAAAGCACACAUUUGUCACUGAUUCAGCCAAGACCUGUAAAUAUUUACUGGGACUCUGCUCUGCCCAGCAUGGAUUUAAUGCCCAGAUGAGCUUCCUGCCAGUUGCAGCUGUUUCAGACCAUGAUAAGUGUGUGCAAAUGGCCAAUACGAGUCUUGCACACCUGGCCCAGUCUCAGCCUCUCACUUGGAUUCAGCGGCUGUCGGACUCGGAAAACGCGCUGUUCACACCUGCACCCGGGCCGGAAGCCACUGCAGGGGGCCUGCGGCGCUUGUCUCUGGAUAACUUCACCUUGGAAACCAGCAAGGAGACUGCGGCCGGGGGGAUCCAAGGCAGCCCCUGCAUGGGUCGGGAGCAGCUGGAGACCAUCUCUUUGAUCCAGAAGCCGACGACUCGUGACCAUCUCUCCGGGCCGCCUGUUCCCAGCGUGCACAGGGAGCCACAAAGUAACAGGAGAAAGAGCUUUAUAGCUGAGCCGGAACGAGAAAUCGUGCAUGUGACACUGCGCCGGGAUCCACGUCGUGGUUUUGGUUUUGUCAUCAAUGAGGGAGGAGAUGUUGGCAAAGUUGACCCUGGCAUUUUCAUAUCUUCUAUUAUACCUGGGGGACCAGCUGAAAAAGCUAAAAGGAUCAAACCAGGAGGGCAGAUUCUAGCCUUGAAUCACAUCCGUCUGGAGGGCUUCACGUUCGACAUGGCUGUUAGAAUGAUUCAGAAUUCUCCCGAGAGCAUAGAAUUAACCAUUUCUCAGUCAAAAGGUAUUUGUGGAAAUACCCCAAGUGAGGAAAAGAAUAGCCCAGCCAAUUCUGGGGUCUUCUCUACAGACAGCCCAAGCCACGGGCACCUGGGAAGUUUUUCAUCACGCGCACAGGACCAGGAGAAAAAUACUGAAGAACUAGAAAUGGCUCAGACUCAGAGCUUACUGCCCAGGGGGCAGGAUGCUGGUUCGUCUUGUCCUCCACCACCUUCAGAAAUCAAUGCCAGUGAAAUCUACUUUGUGGAACUGGUUAAAGAAGAUGGGACACUUGGAUUCAGCGUGACUGGUGGCAUUAACACAAGCGUGCCCUAUGGGGGUAUCUACGUGAAAUCCAUAGUUCCUGGAGGGCCAGCUGCCAAGGAAGGGCAGAUCCUGCGGGGUGACCGGCUCCUGCAGGUGGAUGGAGUGAGUCUGUGUGGCCUCACCCACAAGCAGGCUGUGCAGUGCCUCAAGGGUUCUGGGCAGGUUGCAAGACUGGUCUUAGAGAGAAGAGGCCCCAGGACCACACAGCAGUGUCCUUCUGUUAAUGGCAGGAUGGCAGACGGAUGCACGGCUGUUUCCUUGGCAACAGCCUUGCCCGGCAGGCCCGCGAGCUGUGUCUCAGCGACAGAUGGUCCUAAGUUUGAAGUCACUCUGAAAAAGAAUGCCAGUGGCUUGGGAUUCAGCUUCAUGCAGAUGGAGAGAGAGAGCUGCAGCCAUCUCAAGAAUGAUCUGGUGAGAAUUAAGAGGCUUUUCCCAGGGCAGCCGGCUGAGGAGAACGGGGCCAUUGCAGUUGGUGACAUUAUCCUGGCGGUGAAUGGAAGGCCCACAGAAGGCCUUGUCUUCCAGGAGGUGCUCCAUUUACUGCGAGGGGCAUCACAGGAAGUCAAGCUCCUACUUUGCCGACCCCCUCCAGGUGCACUGCCUGAGAUAGACCAGGGAUGGCAGACACCCGUGCUCUCAGCAGACAAAGAAUUCACCAGGGCAACUUGCACUGACUCUGAGCAGAGCCCGAGUCUGGAUCAAGAGGACAGCCGGAGGGACAGUGCCUCUCCAGACACAGGGGAAAGCUUGGGUCCCAGGCCCGAGUCUUUCCAAAAGGCCACUGGCAAGGCACAAUGGGACCAGGACAUAGAGAGACCCUGGGCCACUUCCUCGAUGCGUCCUCAGGAUUCCCCCCCUCAUUUAUGCAGACUUCAGCAAGAAAUGGAUGCAUCCACAUUGGCCACCUCUUUGGAAAGGGAUAUGAGGCAAAACUGCUAUUCAGUUUGCGAUAUCAGGGGACUUGAAAGUCCUGAAUUGGACAGGGAUGAUGACGAAGGGGACAUGUGCCAUCUACCUGAAGCCACUUCUCCCACUGUGGAAAAUGAAGCCUAUCUUACCAUCAACUCUGCAUGGGAAGGCCAGCUACUCUGUGAAGAAUGUUUGGAGGCAGAUUCGGGGACCAUUCCCUUGCCACAGUUCUGUUCUUGGAGUGCCCUCUCGGAGUCUUUGCCUGCAGAAGAGGCUUGUGAGAGUGACAGUGAGUGGGAAGACCUGGAGGAGGCUGUGGACCCGGAAGAUGGCACCCUCAGGAUGCCACCAGAAGUUGGGACUGGGUCAGAGAGCUGGAGGCAGAUUGUACCGAUGAAGAUGAGGGAAGAGUAAAUGUGACAAAAAUCCUCUGACUAGGAGCAGAGCAGGUUAAACUCUUGACAGGUGAACAGAGAAAGUUGGACAGUCACCCAAGGCAGAACCCAAGGUUUCUGCAUGCACAUCCUUUUGACAGUGAUCACAUGGAAGAGGCCUCAGGUGCCCUUGGUCCAGAGAAUGUACGCACAAGCUCUACAACCAGGAAAGAAGCCUGUGGGUCCCCGAGAAGGCAACAUGCAAUGGAGGGUCUGGCCCAGUUGAGAACUAACUUCAAGAAGAUCAUGCCUGUCAGUUCUGAGACUCAUUUUGAAUAGUGGUCAUGACCUCUCCUCGGUUCUGGGGUUUAUGUCCAAUAAAGCUUGGUGUGUGUGUGUGUGUGUGUGUGUGUGCGUGCACAAGUGCGCUCACAAGGGCUUCCCCUUGUGAAAGGAUUUGAGAACCAACCACCUAUGUCAAGAUAAGCCAGCCCAGGGUGAGGUCUCGCUGCUGCCCUGGUACACACCUUCUGGGACAGAUGCAGUGUUCCAGUUUCCACUCUUUAGUUCUCCAUUGGUUGAAGGAGUUUCCAUGGCCUUCAAAGUGCUGUCAGUUCCCUCAAGGGAAUCUGCUGAGAGAUGGCUCAAAAGCCAUGGGAGUAAUGUGUUUUGACAUCUUUCUGUGUUCCUCCUGUGCAACUCCAUAUGGUUGUAGAUUCUUUUAAAAACAUUUUCCUUUUGAACUCCACAACCUGAUCCUAAAGAUUCUAUGAAGGAAAAAUAAGAUGGGAACAUGUAAUAAAAAAGAAAGAGCAAAGUGGUAGAUCCGGCAUUAUCAGAUAUUAUGAUAUAUACCCACGGCCAUAAUAAGAAGCUAAUAUUACGUGGGAUUAGCUGGUGGACACAGUGUGCGCCAAGGAACACGCAUAGCAUGACGCAAGAGGGGAUACGUGGCAGUCAGCAUUUCAACAUGGGGAAGGAAGACGCCUUCACACACAUAACUGGAAAAGAGGAUUUGAUUCAAAUCUCACUUCAUCUAUUACAAUUACAGACCGUUUGAUUAGGAAAAAAAAAGCAACACAGAGAAAAGCUGGUCAAAGCAGAUUCAAGUCUCACCAGAUCUACACAGGAAUAACACACUUCUUCUGGCCUACAGCAAUAAAAAAGCAUAGCAAGGAAGAACUACAGAGUUGACAGUAUUGAGAACGUAAAAACUUCUGUGCAGCAACGAUGACAAAAUUAAUGUAGAAAUAGGUGCAACGGAUGGGGAAGCACUUACAUAAUUGUGAAUAAAGAUUAAUACCUAUAAUAUUUAGAAAUCCCAUUAUAGUUUAUAAUAGAUUAAUAAAGGAUUUCAGUAGCCGGUGUACACAAUAAAAAUGCAAAUGGUGGACAAAUACAUAUUCUGUUUAAAAAAGUUCUUUUUAACGUUUGUUUAUUUUUGAGAGAGAGAGAGACAUAGUGUGAGCAGGGGAGGGGCAGAGAGAGAGGGAGACCCAGAAUCCGAAGUGGGCUCCAGGCUCUGAGCUGUCAACACAGAGCCCAAACGUGAGGCUUGAACCCUGAACCAUGAGAUCAUGACUUGAGCCGACGUUGGACACUUAAGUGACUGUGCCAGCCAGGCACCCUGACAAAUAUAUAGUCUAAUCAAAAUAAUCUCAAUGGAUUAGUUUGUGUUCACAUUUGCAAAAUUAAAAAAAAUCCUAUCCAAUUUUGGCAAAAUUUGGGUGAAAUUGGUAUAAUCAGAAAUACCAAAAGCCAUAUAAAUGCUUAUGCCCAAUACCUCACCGCGCCAGUCUUCAGAAUUUAUCCCAAAGGAAUAAUUCAGAAUAAGAAAAAAAUACCCACAUAUUUCAAGAUGUUCAUUGGAGUGCUGUCUCUGAAAACAACUUGAAAAUGGUGAAAAUCCCUUAGAAUAUAGUAAUGUUAAAGACAGUUAUGUCAGCAUGGUGAAAAGAUUGAAUAGAAUAAAAUAUGGUGAUAUUAAAGACAGUAUGGUGAAAAAGAAAAGUGAGACAAUUAUGGGAUGGUAGCAUAAUGGGAUAUUAUGUAGCGAAGAGGACAAUAAACCAAAUACGGAAAGUCACGACUUAGAGCAGUGUUUGGUAUAACAACAUCAAGUUGCAAGUUGAAAUGGGGUACUGAUGACAUCCACAGAAAGGCAUAUGCACAUACACACAGACUAGUGUAGUGAGGGAGUAGAAAUCACCCAGGGGUUGGAUGAUAGAUUAAGAGAAUACAUUUUGUUAAAAAAUACCUUUACUUUUCUGUAUUUAUUACUUGUAUAACGAAUUUUAAGUUGAAAAUAAAAAGACUGGACCAGAAAAAAAAAAAAAAGAGACAACAGACAAAUACAAAGGUUUAGAAAAGCCUAUGUUCUAAAAUUUAAUUUACUAACUCUUCUCCAUGUGCUUUGAUUCCUAAUUUCUUGUUUUCUUUAUGAGAGAAGUCUGAUAGAUCCAUUGCCUUGUUUUGUUAUUAAUUAAAGAGAAAUUCCGGGCAUCUGAACAGUUUUGUUUCAAAUGCACUCAGGGCUGGAGCCAGCUUCCUCGGUGCACUAUUACAUGGUUUCACAGACGUCAAGUUUAGGGAAUUAAUCAAGCAUGCAAUGAAGUGAAUAAAUAACAGUAUUUACAAUUUUGGAACUGCUUGUGCUCUGCUGAACCCUGGUUGCUUAUUUCCUUUUUGGAAAAGAAAUGGAUGCCUACAGGUUCAAAAUGAAUCUAGUCCUCCUCCUUAGGGGAAAGGACCCCCCUUCCCCCCAGGGCUGUUAACCCAGUUGAGCCAUAUCUCAUGAAGAACAUGUUAAUUUGCCUUGGGUGGACUUGACUGCAGCUGCUACUUGCUUUGUUUCAGGGCAAAUGUUGGAAAGGACAGUGCAGUCCUAAGGGACUCAGACCACUGAGCGCAAACUGCUUCCCUGCCUGGUUUCUGCAUUGAGCAUCCUCAAAUCUGGCUGUACUUAAGUCAAGUCAACUACAGAGGGUGUUAAAAAUACAGCUUCACUGGCCUCACCCCUGGAGACUCUAAACCAGCAGGGUUGGGGUAAAAACCAGAGAACUGUCCUUUUAUCAAGCUCAGCAGAGGAUUGUAUAUAUGGCCAGAUUUGGAAAGCAUGGAUGCACACUCUUCAAGACUUUGCUUGGCUCUCCCAUCCUUCCUCUCUGCUAUAAAUAUUUCUUAAGCUUCUGUUAUGUGCCAGUACGCCAUGUGUAUGAGGUUGCCCAAACAUAUACACGGUCACCACUAAAUUGUAGAGCUAAGGCGGGCUUCCCAAGUCCACUUAGCAAAGAUGUGAAUUCUCCCUGACAAAGUUUAAUUUAGAGGUGUAAUGGGAUUCCUGUCAAGUUCCCUUCAAGUUAUUUCAUAGAUAUAGACAAGCGUCUUCUAAACUUUAUUUUAUGCAUUUUGUAUUUUAAAUAUAAUUUAUAUAAAUAAAAAAUACGUUCUGAAAAGUCACAGGCCCUAAAAUAACUAAAAUAAUCUUGAACAUGUAGAAUGAAGUGGGAGGAAUAGCUGUGUCCAACAUCAAGGCUUACUAGAUAGCUACCUUCAUUAAGUGUAGUAUGGCAGAGGGAUAGACAUACAGAUCCAUAGAAUAGAAUAAAGAACCCAGAAAUAAACCCAUACAUAUAUUUCCAACUGAUUUUUGACAAAGGUGCAGAAGAAAUUUAAUGGAGAGAAAGUAGCCUUUCAAUAAAUAUUGCUGAAACAUUUGGACAUCCACAGACCAAAAAAAAAAAAAAAAAAAAAAAAAAAAAAGGGACUGACCUAAACAUCACAACUUGUACAAAAAUGAACCCAAAGUGGAUCACAGACUUAAAUGUAAAUGUAAAACUAUGGGACUUUCAGAAAACAAACAAACAAAGACAAACAAGAAAGCCUUGGGAUUGAAGGCUAGGCAAGGAGUUCUUAGACUUGACAUCAAAAGCAUGACACAUAAAACGAAAAUGGAUAAAUUGGUAUUUUGCUCUGUGAAAGAUUCUAUUAAAAGGGUGAAAAAACAGGAGUGUCUGGGUGGCUCAGUUGGUUGAGCAUUUGACUCUUGAUUUCGGCUUAGGUUAUGAUCCCAGGGUUGUGGGACAGAGCCCUGUGCUGGGCUCCAUGCUGAGCAUGGAAUCUGCUUAAAAUUCUCUCUCUCUCUCUCUCUCUCUCUCUCUCUCUCUGUCUCCCUCUGAUCCUCUUUCUUGUUCAUGUAUGCAUUCUCUUUUGCACUCUCUCUGUCUCUCUAAAAAAAAAAAGAAAGGUGGGGGAAAGUAUUUGCAAACCACAUAUCCAACAAAGACUAGUAUGUAGAAUAUACAGAGAACUCUCAAAACUCAAUAGUAAAAAGCCAAAAUCCAAUUAGAAAAUAGGCAAAGGUAUGAACAGGUAUUUCCCUGAGGAUUAUAUACAGGUGACAAGCAAGCACAGGAAAAGAUGUUCAACCUUAUUAGCUAUUAGGGAAAUGCAAAAAUCAAACCACAAUAAGGUAUCUCUAUAUACAUAUCAGAAUGGUAAAUAAAUAGUGACACCACCAAAUUCUGGUGAAGAUGUGGACAACCUGGGCCACUCAUGCAUUGCCAGUGGGACUGUAAAAUGGUGUAGUCACUCUGGUAAAUAGUUUGGCAGUUUCUUAUAAAAAAGUAAGUACGCAGUUACCAUGAGACUCAGAACUUGAGAUUAGGCAUUUAUCUCAGAGAAGUGGAAACAUUUUCGUACAAAGAUCUGUAUGUUAAUGUUCAGAGAAGCUUUAUUUAUAAUAGCCCCAAACUGGAAAUAAUCCAGACGCUUUUCAACCAGGCGAAUCAUUAAACAAACCAUGGUAUAUCCAUACCCCAAAGGGCGAAUUAUGCAUGUUUGGAUGGUUCUUUGGAGAAUUCCGCCAAGAAGCCAGUCACAAAAGUGUGUGCAGUAUGAUUCCAUUUGUAUGACACUCUUGAAGUGACGAAGUUCUAGAAAU